AUGUUGAUGGACAUGCAUUCUUCUUCUAACAACGGGAGAUUUCUCUGCCGUAUAUGGUCGAUUUACCGCCGGGGAUUCUUCAUCUUUGUCCUCUCCACGCAGCUACUGUGCCGGCUGAAAGAAAUGGGACCCAGAAUUCUCAUAGAUUCAUGGUCGAAAGACUCAGGACAUCUUGCCAUGUUGCCAGAGGCUUGGCUUCCUUAUCUACAUAUAUGGUUCAUCAGUUUGGACUGCGGGUUACCCGUGAGUGAACUGUCUCCUUAUAACGAGCCAGUAACCGGACUACGGUUCUCGUCUGAUGCUAAGUUCAUCCAGACCGGUGAGUCUGGUAAAAUCCAGGCUAAUCUGGUGGGUGACUACCUGAAGCCUUACGCGAGGCUGAGAUAUUUUCCAGACGAGAGAAGGAACUGCUAUACACUUAGUGUUGAAAAAGAUAGGAGAUACUUGAUCAGGGCUGGGUUCUUGUAUGGGAACUACGAUGGUCUCAACUCUAACCCGAUAUUUGAUCUGCAUCUAGGACCUAAUCUGUGGGCAACAAUAGAUUUGCAAAAGUUUGUGAAUGGUACAAUGGAGGAGAUCAUUCACAUCCCAACAUCAAGCUCGUUGCAGGUUUGUCUCGUUAAGACUGGGACGACCACACCGUUGAUCUCAGCCUUGGAGUUACGGCCGCUGGAUAAUAGGUCUUAUCCCACAAAGUCCGGUUCUCUGAAGCUUUUCAUUCGAAUAUAUCUCAACAAGACAGAUGGUUUUCUACGGUAA